CAGCGAUUAUACACCUUAAUCACCACACCCAGACCCAGACUUGUCUGCACGCCAUCGAUACGCCUUAACGACCACACACCCACUACUCUAUUCCAGCCAAUCAUUCAACCAACCACCAACCAACCAAUCAAUCACAAUGAUGAACAUCAACCUUCUCAAGCGCGACCAGGACGACAGCCUCAGCUCCACACAGCUCGCACUCCUCGUGACCCUCAUUAUGCUGGCCUUGCUCGCACUCGCAUCCAUUGCGAGUCUGCUGUUUCUGCGGAGCAUCCGCCAGGCCAGGAAACAUGCCGAAACCGACCCCGAACUCCCGGUCUACGAGAAGCGCCAAUCAAAUCACAAUCGCCUGACCAUCACCGCCAUGCCAUACAAAGGCCGCGAGUCGGUCAUUACUUACUCGGAAAAACAGACCCUAAUGGACAGCCCUACCAGCCCAGUCCCCGAAAUCCGCAUCACAUUCCCCGACGAGGUGGACGAGUCCGGCAAGCAGCAGUCUGGCCGCGUUGUCGUCGUCCGUGUCGGAGACCAUAGCGUUGGCCUCGAGCCUCUGCAAGAAGACCUGCCGCCCUACCAGCAAGACGCGUCGGACCGCUUCGACUCGCUCGACCUGAACCGCAUGGGCGGCCUCAAGGAAAAGGACGACAAGUACUACUCGUAAACUCGCCCCCAAUCCAAUGCCAACGACAAGUCCCGGCCAGCCCCGCAGCUUCCUAGAGGUCUGGCAGCCCGGGCUCUCGAGCCACUUGGCUACGACUGACUUAUUUCUGACGACGGCUAUACCGCGCUGAGCUUCAGCUUCUCGGAACACCCUUGGAGCCGUCGAGCAGCACUAGCAGCAGCAGGCGCGGUGGCUCCCCAAGUGUAUAUUUUCCGAGUUGACUGGCCAUGUUGCUGUAUACCCCCCCCUUCAUGAAUGGCCAUCUCUUCCGUGAGGUUUCUGUACCUCUUACAUAACUCUAUUCAUUAAUGUAUGCUAUCUACUCCUCCUCUCGAGCGACUGUACAGAACAGCAUGAGAGCCGAAUACACACUGCUUUAUCG